AUGCCUGUCUCGGGAUCUCUCAAGGACGUCACCAAGGCACCUUCUUGGACGACGGUCUCGCUCCACGGUGGCCAGGAGCCGGACCCCGUUAACGGCUCCCGUGCCGUUCCACUAUAUCAAACCGCGGCAUACAACUUUUCUGAUGCUGCUGACGGCGCUAGCAAGUUUGCAUGGUCCAAAGAUGGAUAUGUGUAUACCCGGAUGGGUAAUCCGACCAAUUCGGUCUUCGAGACGAGAAUGUCCAUGUUAGAAGGCGGCGUUGGCGCUGUCGCCACUGCCUCUGGUCACGCUGCGCAGUUCAUGGCUAUCACCAAUUGCUGCUCGCCCGGCCAGAACUUCGUUAGCACCAGCUGGCUGUAUGGGGGAACCUACAACCAGUUUCGGGUCUACAUGAAAAAGUUCAAUAUUGAUGUUAAAUGGGUACAUGGCAACGAUCCGGCUGAAGUUGACAAGGCAAUUGAUGAGAACACUCGGGCAGUGUACAUCGAAACGAUCUCCAAUCCUAAGCACAGCGUGCCCGACAUUGAGGCCAUUGCUGCCGUUGCACACAAGCAUGGUAUCCCUUUGAUUGUUGAUAACACGUUUGGCAUGGGCGGCUAUCUGGCCCGACCACUUACAUUGGGCGCGGACAUUGUGACUCAUAGUUGCACUAAAUGGAUCGGUGGACAUGGAACCAGCAUGGGUGGCAUUGUCAUUGACGGCGGCCACUUUGACUGGUCUGCAUCUGGCAAAUUUCCCGGCUUCACAGAGCCCGCAGAUGGCUACCACGGCCUUCGCUUUUGGGAAACGUAUGGCUACAAAGCCCUGGCUGCCAAGCUCCGAAUGGACAGCAUGCGCGAUCUGGGUCCUUGUAUGAGCCCAUUUAAUGCGUGGCUGUUCCUGCAGGGUCUGGAAACACUCAGCCUGCGUGGAAAACGCCAUUGCGAAACCACACUAGCUUUAGCAGAGUGGCUUGAAGCUCACCCUUCCAUCAACUGGGUCCUCUACCCAGGUCUGAAGUCACACCCAGAUUACGAGCAUGUGAGGAAGAUCAUGCCUAACGGUGCUGGCGGCGUCCUUACUUUCGGCGUGGCUGGAAGUGUCGAAGAAGUCCGAGCAGUCGUCAACAAUCUUAAACUAUGCAGUCAUUUGGCUAACGUUGGCGAUGCUAAAACACUCAUUAUCCACCCAUGGGUCACCACGCACCAACAGCUGCCCGACGAGGAAAAGAUCAAGGGUGGAGUCACCCCGGAUUUGAUCCGUCUUAGCGUCGGCCUCGAGGAUUUCGAGGAUAUCAAGCAUGACUUCGAGCAAGCAUUCAUUGCGGCAGGACUGAAGCCAGCUACGAAGAAUGGUGAUCCGUUUGCCAAGGCCCUGGCCUUGGUUAAGGAUGGGUUCAUGAAGGACCUCGGCACUGGGGCGCCCAAACCGAUUGGAUCUUGA